UUGUCCUACCGCAGCACCUUCCUCCAUGGCAGUUCCCGAGACCCGCCCCAACCACACUAUUUAUAUCAACAACCUCAAUGAGAAGAUCAAGAAGGAUGAGCUGAAGAAGUCCCUGUAUGCCAUCUUCUCCCAGUUUGGCCAGAUCCUGAACAUCCAUUCACGGAGCCUGAAGAUGAGGGGCCAGGCCUUUGUCAUCUUUAAGGAGGUCAGCAGCGCCACCAAUGCCCUGCGCUCAAUGCAGGGUUUCCCCUUCUACGACAAGCCCAUGUGCAUCCAGUACGCCAAGACCGACUCGGAUGUCAUUGCCAAAAUGAAGGGUACCUUUGCGGAGCGUGACCGUAAGCGGGAGAAGAGGAAGCCCAAGAGCCAGGAGACCCCAGCUGCCAAGAAAGCCGUGCAGGACGGGGCAACUGCCCCUGUAGUGGGGGCUGUCCCGGGCAUGCUGCCGAUGACUCAGGCGCCUGGCAUCAUGCACCACCUGCCGGGCCAGCCUCCCUACAUGCCACCCCCUGGCAUGAUCCCACCUCCAGGUCUUGCACCCGGCCAGAUCCCACCGGGGGCCAUGCCUCCACAGCAGCUUAUGCCAGGCCAGAUGCCACCUGCUCAGCUUCUUUCAGAAAACCCACCAAAUCACAUCUUGUUCCUUACCAACCUGCCAGAGGAGACCAAGGAGACCAAUGAGCUCAUGCUAUCUAUGCUUUUCAACCAGUUCCCUGGCUUCAAGGAGGUCCGGCUGGUCCCAGGGCAGCAGGACAUCGCCUUUGUGGAGUUUGACAACGAGGUUCAGGCAGGGGCAGCCAGAGAUGCCCUGCAGGGCUUCAAGAUCACCCAGAACAACGCCAUGAAGAUCUCCUUUGCCAAGAAGUAGCGCCUUUUCCCCA